GAGGAGGAGGGUCAGGUUGUAGUGCUGAUUCUGGCACACAGCGGUGGCAUUCAAAGUCACGCAACUCACCACACCAGUUGCAUCUGCUCCCUGCUCCUCCAUGACAAGUUUCCUGCAGCGCCCUCGGAGGGCGUAAAUCUUCCUCUGUUGCUUCUUGUCGGGAAAUAUGACGAGUUCACCGUUGCACAAAGGGCACGGUUUGCCCCCUUUCACAACACGAUCAAUGCACCUGAAGCAAAAGUGAUUGCCGCAGCAUACCGUCAAGUGCGCCUCUUUCUGCGCUUCCAUACAAAUGGGACACUCGAGGUCUUUAUCCAGCCGCUCUUCAAGCUCAAAAUCGUCCGCCAUUUCGAUCGAGGGGACGUGUGGGUGGGUACAAUAUUAUAGGGACAGCUAGCCCCAUCCCCUUACGUAGGGGUGGGGCUAGCUGCUAGCGAGCUCACCACAAAGAAACGGGACCGCAAGCGGUGGUCAUUGAUGGGGAACAGAAACCAGCCACCAGGUCCAUCACCCAUCACCUCCCGAGCACCUGGCAACUGGGACUGUGUCUUCUCAGUGGUGGCCAUUGGAGCCAACGUCUACCAUCCAGCCUCUGUGAACCCCUUUGUCAAUGGCUUUCGGACCUCCAUGAGGAAAGAAGAAUAUGAGACAGCCACACACCAUAUCCUGCCGCGCUGCUGUACCCUGCCUCUGGAAGGAAAGAAAGUGAGAUUGGAGCUAUACACAGACAACGGGGAGUGCUCCUCCUGUGGAGCUCUUUCUCCACACACUGUCUCAGAGAGAGACGGUAUUGCUGUGGUAUAUGACUUCACUUUCACUGGCUCAUUUGACUUUGCCAGGAAACUAGUGCAAGAUAUCAUUCAGUGGAGGACGCACUCCAAAAAGAGUACACCAUUUAUUCUAGUAGGAGUGAAUGGAGCAAUAGGUAAGUCCAGGAGAGUGGAGAGCAGCACAGCUCAGCAGUUUGCAGAUCAAGUCGGUGUUCCUCUGGUUGAAGUGAACUUGAAUUUGGAAACAGACAUUGAGGAGGCACAUACAAUGCUUGUAACCAUGAUCAUGAACACAAAAAGAUGACAAUUUUUUAUUAAUGGA